AUGCCGGGGGUUGGCCCAGCUGUGGCAGCGACUCGCACUGCGACCGCGGACACUACAACCUCCACAACGACAAUUGUGACCACCACGGUUCCUAUGGUGUCUGUCUAUACACCACCUGCAUCCUGUUCGUCGCGUUGGACUUAUGAGGCCUCCACUUACAAUGGCAUCACCAGCGGAAUCCUGCUCCAGAAUGCCUUUUCCGUCGAUACCGACUGCUUUCCUCCUGGUUUCCAGCAGAAUGGUCGGAUUCUUGCCAGUCAGGUCUUCAGCCCUGGCGCAUGUCCCGGCCGGUAUUCUACUCAGCAGUUUGUCGUCAGCAAUGCAAUUACCACUGCCACAUGCUGUUUGAGUGACUUUUCUCUAUACGCCGAUUCCGGUUAUGUUGGAUGCGUCAGUACUUUCACCGGCGCUACGGAAGUGGCUGCGCGCGCGGGCGGGAUUAUAUUCAACACAAGGGACUACACCACCAGCACCAGCAUCUCCGGCACAUAUACCAUGUGGGGGAUGCCCAUCGUGAUUGAGGUCGAAUCGACCGAUCGGAGCCUGUACACUACUGCCCUCUCGACAUCCGCAACAACCACCGCCUCUGCGACCGCUACGCCCUCUGCGUCCUCUACCUCUACCUCUUCAUCCCAAAUCGCGAGCCAGACCGCCAUCUCCUCCUCGUCCAACGGGUUAUCAAGUGGUACAAAAGCCGGCAUUGGUGUCGGAGUCGGUGUCGGCGUCGCCGCCCUGGCCAUCAUAGGUUUCCUGGGCUUCUGGCUGCGACAACGGCGGAAAUCCCCAGCCCCAGCCCCGUCAGGAUUCAUACCACAGCACUCUCACGAAGUUCAAGGAUUUUCAGUCUCCGAGCUACAUGCGGACUCUCGCAAGUCUCGAUUUCCAAUAACUGAACUGCCAUCCUGA